AACGAGUCGGGCGAGGAGCCGCGAGUUUUGCAGAAAGGGGUAGCGAGCGCGGCGGGGGCAGGCCGGGCGGCGAGGCCGGGGCACAACGCGGCAGAGCCCCCAGCGCACCCAGCCCGGCCCUGCCGCAGCGGGCCGAGGAGGAAGGCAGCGGCAGCCGCCCCCCGAAGCUCGCCCCCCGCCGGCUCCACCUCGCAGCAGCGCGGCGCCCAGCUCGGCUCGCCGGGGCAAGGUGCGCCGCUGGUGGGAGCGGCUUUGUUGGCUCGGAGGGGAGCGGCGGGGAGAAGCCGUGAGAAGCCCACCAUGGUGCAGCAAGCGGAAAGCGCGGAGAGCGAGAGCAACCUGCCCCGGGAGGCAAUGGACACCGAAGAGGGCGAGUUCAUGGCUUGCAGCCCGGUGGCUUUAGACGAGAGCGAUCCGGACUGGUGCAAAACGGCAUCGGGGCACAUAAAGAGACCGAUGAACGCGUUUAUGGUGUGGUCUAAGAUCGAGAGGAGAAAAAUCAUGGAGCAGUCCCCGGACAUGCACAACGCAGAGAUCUCCAAGCGCCUGGGCAAGCGGUGGAAAAUGCUGAAGGACAGCGAGAAGAUCCCGUUCAUCCGGGAGGCGGAGAGGCUGCGGCUCAAGCACAUGGCUGAUUACCCCGACUACAAAUACAGGCCCAGGAAAAAGCCCAAAAUGGACCCGUCGGCCAAGCCCAACGCCAGCCAAAGUCCGGAGAAAAACGCACCCACCAGCAGCGGCGGCAGCAAAAGCGCCAAGAGCUCCAGCAAGAAAUGUAGCAAGCUGAAAUCCUCCUCCGCCUCCUCGCCCCCCAAGCCGGGAGCCAAAGCCGCCCACCACGGGGACUACGCGGGCGACGAGUACGUUUUCGGCACCCUGAAAGUGAGCAGCAAGACGGUCAAGUGCGUCUUCAUGGACGAGGAGGAGGAGGACGAGGAGGACGAGGACGAGCUGCAGCUGCGGAUCAAGCAGGAGGCGGACGAGGAGGAGGAAGACGAGGAGCCGGGGCCGCAGCAGCUGCGGCGGUACAACGUGGCCAAAGUGCCGGCGAGUCCCACCUUGAGCUCCUCGGCGGAGUCCACCGAGGGGGCGAGCCUCUACGAGGAGGUGCGGGGCGGCGCCGCGGCGGCGGGCGGAGGCAGCAGACUCUACUACAGUUUCAAGAAUAUCACCAAGCAGGGCCCGCCGCCGCCCCAGCCUCCGGCCGGCCUCUCCCCGGCCUCGUCCCGCUCCAUCUCCACCUCGUCGGCCGGCAGCGAGGAGGCGGACGACCUCCUCUUCGACCUCAGCCUCAACUUCUCGCAGCACGGCCACGCCGCCGCCGAGCUGGGGGCGGGCGCCGCCGCCGGCAACCUCUCCCUCUCGCUGGUGGACAAGGACCUGGACUCCUUCAGCGAGGGCAGCCUCGGCUCCCACUUCGAGUUCCCCGACUACUGCACCCCGGAGCUGAGUGAGAUGAUCGCGGGCGACUGGCUGGAGGCGAAUUUCUCCGACCUGGUGUUCACGUACUGAGCGGGGGCGGCGGCGGAGAGGGCGGGCGCCGGUGCCGGUGGCGAGGCGGCGGAGCUGGAGCGACGCCGGUGAUGAUGAUGAUGAUUAAAAAAAGUCUUGUUUUCUUUUUUUUAAAAAAAAAAUAUCGAAGUUAGUUCCGAGCCCGGGAGUUGUGAUUUUUUUUUUUUAACUUUUGUUUUUUAUUUUUUUUUAUCGCAUUUGGUGAUCACAACAACAACAGCAAAGGCAAAUGGGACUGGGGGAAAAAUGAUACGGAAGGCGCUGUUUGAAGCUUGUCGGUCUCUGAUUGAAGUCUGGAAGAUGGUCUGCAAAGAAGUCUUUUGGCAGCACAACUGUUACUCAAGGGGGUUUGUGGAUUUUUUUUUUUUUUUUUUUUUUCCCGUGAGAGAUCUUAAAGAACUGUUCUGAUUUUUUUAAUUAUUUUUAUUUUUCCGAAAGGGACCAUUGCAACUUUUUUUGGAGGGAGAAAACUGAUGUCUUCUAUGCAUCCGAUUCUUAACAAAGCUGCAGGGAGCUUGAAAAAAUGCAGACUGUACAAACGCUUACAAAUAACUGAACUGACUUAAGAUCAGAGUUUACUUUUCAGAUCAAAUUGUUUAUGGUUUUACAAAUGUGAUUUCUACUUGCCAACUUUUUUUUUGUAACUUGUUCCCUUAUACCUCCUUGAUUGAAUACCAGACAGCCUAGACCUCAGUACAAAAAGGUAUUGAAACAUUUUUGAUACAUAACAGACCUCAGUCUUUUUUAAAAAUUAAUAUAUUUUCAGGCGUAUUUUUGUACAGUGAAAAGGGAACAUUCUUGCUGUGUUUUUUCAGUAAGACUUUUCAGGCACUUCUUCCCUUUUAUUUUCUUUUUUUCUCUGUUUUUAGCAUGCAAGUUUGUUGGUACGUUACGUCCUGGUUUUAAAAGGAUUAAAAUUUUAAAAAAAUAAUCCUUGCAUCUAAAGGCCUUGUGGUUUAAAAAAAAAAAAGAAACAAACACUUUUUUGUACAGCUAUAGUUCAGAUUUGUUCAAUAUUUGUAGGUAAAGAUUUAUUGAAAAUGGUGAUAUAGACCUCAGAGCUGUUAUCUUAGUUUAAAAGAUUGUAUAUGUACUGUACUAUAGUAGGACUUUAUGUAUCUCAUACGCUGUGAUAUGUGGAUGGGGCCCCAGAUGGAAGGUAUGAAACUGGAUUCUCGAUUUUAGCAAAAAAAAGAAAAAAGAAAAAAAGAAAAAAGGCACAUAGUUAAAGUUUCUCAUGUUGUGCAAUAUAAUCUAAAGUACAGACCAUCUGCAUAUUUUGUAGCAAAUGAUGGCAAAAGCAGACUUGUGCACUGUCAACAUCAUAGCCUGUUUUUUUUUUUUUU